AUGGGGGCCAAGGUCAUCCACACAACCUACACAUUCCUGGCUGGUGGAGGCUGGGCGCCAGGACCGUUUGAGAAGGGGGUGUGGAGGGUCUGCCAGCCUCGGUCCUUUGCCCAGGCUCAGGGAGGGGGCCGAGCCUGGGCGGUGCCCAGGACCCCGCGCCUCCUCACAGACACCGUGGGCGCUGUGUGCCCGGCCGAGGUGCAGGGUUCUCCCAGGGACUCAGAGUGCUGGGUGUCUGGCUGGGGCCACACUGACCCCAGCCACACACACAGCUCGGAUAUGCUCCAGGACAUGGUGGUGCCCCUGCUCAGUACCCAGCUCUGCAACAGCUCCUGCGUGUACCAUGGGGCGCUCACACCCUGCAUGCUGUGUGCCGGCUACCUGGAUGGGAGGGCUGAUGCAUGCCAGGUGCAGCAGUGGGGGGGGGCCCUGGUGUGCCUGGACGGGGGCACGUGGCGGCUGGUGGGGGUGGUCAUCUGGGGCCAUGGAUGCUCAGAGCCCCAUCACCCUGGCGUCUACGCCAAGGUUGCUGAGUCCCUGGACUGGGACCAUGACAAGGUGGGGGAACUUCAAUGGCAGGAGAGAGGCUGGGGCCGGCCGGGCAGGUCGGGGAGGCAUGGAGGGCAGGCGCUGCUGGCAGCAGCUGGGAACCUGCUUCGGGCCCUCUCCUCCCAGCCCGUGUGCAUCUGA